AUGGUUUUGCCCACGCUCUUUAUCUCGGCUGCCCUAGCCACAUCCGUAGCCGCCUAUGACAACCUUCUCAACUUCAACGGGGCUCCUGAAAUCGAAACGCGCUCAAUUGAUGACAUCCACAAGGCUGCGCUCGCGGAAGGAGGCGUCGUUACUCUCUGGCAUGGAGGUGAUGAGAAGAACCAGCAAGAUGCUCUCAAGGAGGCUUUCGAGAAGCGCUUCCCCGGCAUGACUCUCAACUUGACCGUCGACGUUUCCAAGUACAUCGACGGAAACAUUGAUCGUCAGCUGUCUCAAGGCAAUGUCCACGUCGACAGCGUGAUUCUUCAGACCCUCCAAGAUUAUCCCAGAUGGGACGAGGAGGGGGCUCUCUUGCGCUACAAGCCUCUCAACUACGACAAGAUCCAUCCCGGGUUCCGCGAUGUCUUCGGUGCUUGGUACGCUGUUGUCGUCUUCGGCUGGACCAACAUUUGGAAUGCCGACAAGGUUUCUGAUGGCCCCGUCGACUACCUCGACUUCUUGAAGCCCGAAUACAAGGACAAGCUGGUGUUCACCUACCCCAACGACGAUGAUGCAGUUCUCUACGCGUUUGACUUGGCGAUGCAGCAAUACGGCUACAGCUGGUUCGAGAACCUGCUCGCCCAGAACCCUCGUUGGGUGCGCGGCACUGCUACUCCCACCACCGUGAUGGGCCAGGCCAACAACUCUUACGCGGUGACCUUCACUGGCAGUGUCGGCAUGAUCCCCUCCGCCCCUUUCAACAUCUCCAUUCCCAAAGAAGGCUUCUUCGUCACGUGGGGUCAGCGUGGUGCUAUCCUUAAGGAUGCCCUUCACAAGGAGGGUGCCAAGCUUCUGCACAACUUCCUGCUCAGCCAUGAGUACCAGAACCCCAACGUCACCGGUUCCUGGAGCGUUCGCCAAGACAUCCCUGCCCCUACCGGCUGGCCUGAUCUGAUGGAGAUCAACUCGACCAACCCUAUCGACUUUGAGCGUUUCAUGGUCAACCGUGAGCGUGUUGAGAGGUUGAAGAUCUUCUUUGAGGACAAGAUUGGCACUGCUCAGGGACUUAGCCCUCUGAUUGAUGAUUUGUAG